AUGAAAUGCAUUCAAUACCCUAGUGGCAUCAAAGCUGUCUUCUUUGAUUUCAUGGGCACCUGUUUAGACUGGUACUCCGGGAUAACAGCGGCAUUUCCCGAACGACUCGAUGAAAACACAAAACGCUCCCUAUCUAUUUCCUGGCGCGAAUCCUUUUUCGCAGACAUUCAUGAACGUUUUAAACAAGGUCUACCAAUGGAAUCCUUCGACACAACUAAUGCACGGCAGCUGGAGCUCGCGUUGAAGCAGCACAAUGUCGCGCUAUGUGAGACAGAAAAGAUAAAGCUCGUCCAGGCAUGGCAUAGUAUGCCGGCCUGGAAGGACGUUGCUGAAGGGCUGAUGGAUCUCAAAGGCCGCGGCCUGGAGCUUUUCGUGCUAGCUAAUGGCACAACACGGCUCCAACUUGACUUAGUGCUGUCGUCCAAGCUAUGUGAAUUUGACAUGCUUUUCUCAAGCGAGCUGCUAAAUCUGGCUAAGCCUGAUCCAGAGUUCUACGCAUUGGCGUUGAAACUGACGGGUUACCGUCCGGAGGAGACAGCCAUGGUAGCUGCGCAUGCGUAUGAUUUGCGGGCAGCACAAAGGUUGGGUAUGAAGACGGUGUACAUUUCGCGGUGGACAGAAGAUACACAGUUGGAUUUGCGUCAGGUGUACGAGGAUGUGGAUGGGUAUAUCGGGUCUUUGAGGGGCCAUGAGGAGGAGGAGAACAGUCGAGACCCAGCGAUGAUGCGUGAUUUAUCGGUGGCUUUGGGACUGGAAAUUUCCAUGGAUAUAUAA